CUCCACGAACAUCAUGGCAGCCUUGCCAGUUUUCCAUCCAACAGCAAAUACAACACGCGUCUUAUCGAAUCAUUGAUAUCGACUCGAAUUAUUGUACCUCCUCUUCGACACGAUCGCGACACCGGUUAUCUUCAUCCACGUGGAGUGUGGAGCUCUCGCGAACCCCGAAUCGCUCCAGCAUCGACCCGUUGAAUGCCGUUGGCGGCGUCAGCAGCAUCACGAUAGCCAUCGCGCAUAGUCUACACCUCACCACAUCCACCAAGACCUCCUCGCGAGACCCAUCAUGAACGCCGGCGGCGUCAUCGCCAUCAUUGUCAUCUUCUCCCUCCUCCUAGGCUUUGGCGGCUUCACAAUCUACACCCGCCUCCGCGCCAACCGUCUCGGCCUCCCCCGUCCGCCCCUCUGGAACCCCUUCGCCAACCGCUCCUCCUCCUCCCCCGAAUACGCCGCGCCCUCUCCUGCACCCCACAACCCACUCACCUGGCUCACCUCGAAAAUCGCCUCGUUCCGCAACCAACGCACAGCCGGCGGCGCGUACGAAAGUACCGCUUCCUACCCUUCUGGCGGCGCACGAGGAGCAAGUGGAGGAGGAGGGAGACGAGGUUUUGGACCCCUCGAUCCGGAUGAAGCGUGGGAUAGUCGGGUGGAGAACGAGAUUGGAGGCGGGUAUUACGAGGGCGAAGACGUGGAGCUCGGACACUCGGGUGCCGCGGGUCCGUAUGGUGGAAGUGGAUAUGGAGGUUCAGCGGGGUACGCGGAACCCGGGGUCGGGGUGGGUGGAAGGGGACGAAGUCGGGAUCGACAGAGGGAGGUGGAUGAACGGUAUGAGGUUGAGACGGGCAGGGCGAAGAAUCCUUUUGGAGACGAUGCGGCGACGGAGAGUCUGAGGGGGGUGAGUCCUCGGCCGCAUACGCAGGAUACGGAGUAUAGAGGAGGAGGGCAGAAGGGGAAAGUGAGCGCGAUGCAGCAUAAGAAGGGGGCGGAGAGUGUGGAUGAUAGUCCGACGGAGAGGAGGACUUGUUUUACUUUGCAAGUUUUGUGUAAGAGGGCGAGCGAUGCAGCGGAGUGGGUGGACUUGGAGACCUGUUCGUGGCCUGCGACUCGAUUCACGGGUCAAAAUUGAAUUCGUUCAGCACUG